CUCGCUCUCGCGGUAGUUCCGUGCCUCCACCGGCGGCGACAUUCAGAGAGGAGAUGGCGGCUAGAGGGGGGUUUCAGACGGCACCGACUGGAGGUGGUGGUGGCGCAAUGGGACCUGGACCACCGGUACCGGGCGCAGGACCAGGCAUGGGCCCCGUGACUCCUUCUGGAAGGAUGGUACCGUCUUCGGCCGCGCAGAACCACAUGUACCGCUCCCCGAUGCCCGGGCCUGGGUACCCGAGACCGGGCAUGCCUCCAUCUAGCCGUAUGACACCGCAGGGACCAGCCAUGGGCCCCCCAGGAUACGGCAACAGCCCAGUGUCUCGCCCUGUGAUGCCUGGCGUGAUGGACCCGUCUCGCAAGAGGCCCGCCCCCCAACAGAUUCAGCAGGUGCAGCAGCAGAACCGCAACCAGCAUACAAAGAAGAAGAAGAUGGCUGAUAAAAUUCUACCUCAGAGAAUCAGGGAACUGGUCCCAGAGUCUCAGGCUUACAUGGAUCUGCUGGCUUUUGAGAGGAAGCUAGACCAGACCAUCAUGCGCAAGAGGCUGGACAUUCAGGAGGCCCUCAAGAGGCCCAUUAAGCAAAAGAGAAAGCUUCGGAUCUUUAUAUCCAACACCUUCAACCCCGCCAAGCCAGAUGCUGAGGAUGGAGAAGGCACAGUUGCAUCAUGGGAGCUACGUGUUGAGGGGCGUCUGCUGGAAGAUACAGCCGUGUCCAAGUAUGAAGCCACCAAACAGAAGCGGAAGUUUUCCUCUUUCUUCAAGUCUCUGGUGAUUGAGUUGGACAAGGACCUGUAUGGUCCAGAUAAUCACCUUGUGGAAUGGCACAGGACUGCCACCACCCAGGAGACUGAUGGUUUCCAGGUGAAGAGGCCUGGUGACGUGGGUGUUCGCUGCACCGUCCUGCUCAUGCUUGACUACCAGCCUCCUCAGUUCAAGCUGGACCCCCGGCUGGCUCGUAUGCUGGGUAUCCACACCCAGACCAGACCUGUCAUCAUUCAGGCCCUGUGGCAGUACGUCAAGACCCACAAACUCCAAGACCCUCAUGAACGCGAGUUCAUCAACUGUGACAAAUACCUGCAGCAGAUCUUUGAGACUCAGCGAAUGAAGUUCUCUGAGAUCCCGCAGCGCCUGCACGCACUCCUGAUGCCCCCAGAGCCCAUCAUCAUCAACCAUGUGAUCAGUGUGGACCCUAAUGACCAAAAGAAGACAGCUUGCUAUGACAUUGACGUGGAGGUGGACGACACACUGAAGACCCAGAUGAACUCCUUCCUGCUCUCCACAGCCAGUCAGCAGGAAAUAGCAGGACUGGACAAUAAGAUCCAUGAAACCAUUGAGACCAUUAACCAGCUGAAGACCCAGAGAGAGUUCAUGUUGAGUUUUGCCAGAGAUCCUCAGGGCUUUAUCAACGACUGGCUGCAGUCCCAGUGCAGAGACCUCAAGACCAUGACAGAUGUGGUAGGAAACCCAGAAGAAGAGCGAAGAGCAGAGUUUUACUACCAGCCCUGGGCUCAGGAGGCAGUCUGUCGCUACUUCUACUCCAAGGUCCAGCAGAGACGGCAGGAGCUGGAGCAGGCGCUCGGCAUCAGGAACACCUAAAGAAAUUUGUCCACAGGUGGCAAAUAAGGAGGCGUGCUGUGCUCUGGGUGACGACUAACGUGUGUGUGUGGGAUGUUCAAAAUGAAUUCCUCCCAGAAUUUUCUGACAAACUUAGAGAAACAUAGAUACUAGAUGGCUUUACUGUUAUUUAGGAUGUCCUUUUUUUUUUUUCUUCACCCUGCAGCUCGACUACCAUUGCAGUUUGGUUGCUACUUCAACUUUUUUGUAUUCCCCCCCCCCUCACAUCAGAGCUCCUUGAGCACAAUGUAUUUUCUCUUGCAUGUCUAAGCCUUACCUGGAAGCAUUCCUUUCAUUUUGAUACAUUGUGCCCACACAAAAGUACAGAUUGUACACAAAUGAAAAGCAGAGGGCAGAUUGUACCUAGCAACUUUUAAUGUAUUUUGUCCCUGAAUCUAAAAAUAUCUUAAAUCAGCUGGAAUGUGUUGAUUCUGCCUUGGCUCUUUGUUCCCUUUUUUUGGAAAGUAAAUUUACAUUUAACACUCCUAACCUGGCCCCUAGAUACUUGCCCAUUCAGUUAGAUAUUGAUUGUGGUUGUCUUUUGUAAUUAAUCAGGCUACUUUGCUGCACAUUGGCUGUUCAUGUGUCUUAAAUUCUCAACGGUUUGUUUUGACAGUUUGUGCCACAGUCUGUUGUACAAGAGACGUUUAAAAGCUCGAUCAUGGCAAACUAUACAUCUUUUAUUAAGAGUGGCAUUUAGUAUGAAGUUGUUUUUUUCUUUUUUUGUUAUUAUCAAUGAUCCUUGUUUUAAAAUAUGUAUUAUAUCAGUACUUGUCUUGUUAGCUAGUACAGAUUAUCACGGAAGUAGCUAGUAUGAGUACCUCUAGUCUAUAUAGUUUUGUAAAUACUGAGCAGAAAAAAACUGAAGAUGGAUGUGAAGUAAAAUUGUAUCUCUUAUCCUGGCAGAUGUUUUUCUUAACUCUUUGUCUAUGCUCAGAUAGUUGAACCAGUAUUUAUAUUCGCAGAGCACAGUGAUUUAGCUCUCCACAACAUAAAGACGGCAGUUUGACGACCCACUGCUCUGCAGGACAAAAUGUACACGGCUUUCUUAACACCUGCAGGCUGGGACAAGUUGAAUCUUCUGCUAUUAGUUUUGUGUAUUUUAAUUAUGUGCAGAGAAGCCAUAAACACUUGGACACGCUCUGUCGCACGUGCGGCUGAGCAGAUUAAAGAGUCGUAGCUUGUUCGUACUGUGGCUGAAGACCUGACGCCUUUUUCAGUUUAAUGGUUGUUCCCUUGUUGAAGGUGAAGAUGAGUGUCUUUGCUGAAACUUUUGCGUGUGUGCUUUUCAUUAAUGAAUUCCAAGAAUACACUAAUAUGGGUUUGGGCGGGUACAUGUUUUGAAACAAGCGGUGGGAAUCUCUGGGGUAUAAAACAACACUGGGGGGGACUGUAGUAUUAUUUGAAUCUGCAGACUUUUUCAUGGACCAAACCUAUUUUUCUGUAUGUUCUUAUUAUGUUAUAAUAAAGGAGAUGUAAAAUGUA